AUGGGGUCGAUUCUCGAGGAGCACAACGUGCGGCUGCUGGGCUCGGGCGACGCGGCGGCGGAACUCGUGGUCCUAGGGCACGGGUUCGGAACAGACCAAUCCGUGUGGCAGCACAUCGUGCCGCACCUACUAGACGACGACUACCGCCUACUACUCUUAGACCUCAUGGGCGCGGGGUCCACCAACCCGGAUAACUUCUCUUUCGCGCGGUAUUCGUCGCUGCAUGGUUACGCGGACGAUCUGCUCGCGAUUCUGGAGGAGGUGGGCGCGCAGCAGUGCACGUACGUGGGGCAUAGCGUGUCCGGCAUGAUCGGGUGCAUUGCCGCCAUCGCGCGCCCCGAGGCGUUCAAGAAGAUCGUGCUCAUCGGCGCGUCGCCCAGGUGCGGGGGGAGGGGGAGAGGGGAGGGCGGAUUGGGGGGAAAGAGCGGCGGAGCGCUGGGGGAAGGAUGGAAGGGAGAUGGGGUGGUGGAAAAGGUGGCGAAGAAGGGGAGUAAGGCUGGGGAAAGAGAGUGGUACCUGAACGACGUGGACUACUUCGGGGGCUUCGAGCAGGAGGAUCUGAACCAGCUGUUCGCCGCCAUGCACUCCAACUUCCGUGCGUGGGUGUCGGGCUUUGCACCUCUGGCCGUGGGAGCGGACAUCAACAGUGCGGCGGUGCAGGAGUUCAGCCGCACCUUCUUCUGCAUCCGCCCUGACAUCGCGCUCUCCGUGUCUAAGACCAUCUUUCAGUCUGAUAUGCGCUCCAUCCUGCCGCAGGUGAAGGUGCCCUGUCACAUACUGCAGUCGAGCCAGGACCUGGCGGUGCCGGUGGCAGUGGCGGAGUACAUGCACGCGCACCUGGGCGGCAAGAGCGUCGUCGAGAUCUUCCCCACACACGGCCACCUGCCCCAGCUCUCCGCACCACACAUGGUCAUCCCCGUUCUCAGACGCCACCUGCACGGCCACCUGUAG